AUGGAUGAGGAGGGUUACAGGCAGUAUUUCGAAACGCUUCUGUCCAUCAAGAAGAAAAGGGGUUUUAUGCUGACUAUUCGUGUCCUCCAAAAAUACGUUAGGCUCAACGUUUGGCAGCGAAUCUUCGACAUGUGUAGGGACACAGUCGCCAUCUUUGAGAAAGAGGGGGCUCGUGUGCGGGUCCAGUUCGUAUAUAACAGCUUUCACCCUCGUCGAGUACCGAAAUAUGACAUGCUCCCCGGUCUGAGGCAUCCAGAAUCCAACUGGCGAGAGGAUGCAGUGCGCUUCUUUGACAACGCUACACGUCUGUGCGAUAUACACAGGGCUUAUCGUAUUGAAAACAACGAUGAUUAUGACCCCACUUUACAUCCCGACGAUGGCGAUACCCCUUACGAGACCGAUGAGAAUAUCUACGGUGAUGAAGUCGAUAGCAACGACAGUGUUGAACUCUAUCGUCAAGAUGAUCGAGGACAUCAACUAGGUGCUUUGUCUCCGCCACAUCAGUACGGAAGUGAUUUCAUACAAUGGAAGAACGACCUGUUAGACGAUCUCGAUAUGGAAGAGAGGAAAGGGAUCAAAGAUUCGUACGACUACUGGGCCGACUUCGACCCGCCCAGCUGGGUGGGUGUCUCUCCCGAGCCUGAGUACGUAGAUGGACCUGGGUACGACACAGUUUCAGGUUCCGAUUCAGAAGGCCAGAAUAGCAUCACGUGA